CGGCCAAUCCAGGCUCGGGCGGAGAUGAGGCGGCCUGCGUCGAGCUGCUCUUGCCGCCAUGGCGCCGCGCUCCCGAAGCUGCUGCUGCUGCUGCUUGUUCUAACUGCAUCUGCGCAGGCGCAGCAAGCAAGGACAAGGACCGAUCCGGUUGAAGCGGCGGCGGUGAACGCGGUGUUCGCCAAGCUCGGCCAGAAGGCGUCGCCGGCAUGGAACAUCAGCGGCGACCCCUGCACCGGCGCCGCCACGGACGGCACCGUCAUCGACGACAACAACAACUUCAACCCCGCCAUCAAGUGCGAAUGCUCCGGGCAGAACAUCACCGUCUGCCACGUCACGAAGCUGAAAAUUUACGCGCUUAAUGCAGUUGGCCAGAUACCAGAGGAACUGCGCAACCUCACGCGCUUGACCAAUCUGGAUUUAAGACAAAAUUAUUUAACAGGGCCUUUGCCACCAUUCCUUGGGGAAUUGACUGCUAUGCAGUACAUGAGUUUGGGCAUCAAUGCAUUAUCUGGAUCUGUUCCAAAGGAGCUCGGGAACCUUACAAAUCUUGUGUCACUGGGCUUUGGCUCAAACAACUUAAAUGGUUCCCUUCCUUCAGAGUUGGGGAACCUGGCUAAACUUGAGCAAUUGUAUAUUGAUAGCGCUGGCUUAAGUGGUCCCUUACCAUCAUCACUUUCCAAGCUUACAAGAAUGAAAACAUUGUGGGCUUCAGAUAAUGAUUUUACUGGGCAAAUACCAGAAUAUAUUGGGAGAUGGGCUAAUUUAACAGACCUGCGGUUCCAAGGCAAUUCGUUUCAAGGUCCGCUUCCAACCACACUUUCUAAUCUCAUCCAACUGACAAGCUUACGAAUAGGUGACAUAGUAAAUGGGAGUUCUUCACUGGCAUUCAUCAGUAACAUGGCAUCUUUGAACACCUUAGUUUUGAGGAACUGCAGGAUAUCUGAUAACCUAGCAUCAGUAAACUUUUCACAGUUUGCAACAUUAAACUUACUGGAUUUGAGUUUUAACAACAUCACUGGUGAAGUACCACAAGCCCUGCUGAAUCUGGGUUUUCUCAGCUUCUUAUUUCUCGGGAAUAAUAGCCUUUCAGGAAGCCUUCCAAGCUCUAUAGGACCUUCUCUUAUUAACUUAGACUUUUCCUACAACCAGCUCUCAGGAAACUAUCCUUCUUGGGCUCGUCCAAAUAUGCAAUUGAAUUUGGUGGCAAACAAUUUCGUGAUCAACAACUCCAAUAACGGUGUACCUUCGGGGCUGGAGUGCCUUCAGCGAGACACACCAUGCUUUCUUGACUCUCCACAUUCUUCUUCCUUUGCUGUGGACUCUGGGAGCCGUAGAUCUAUGUCUGGAUCAGAUAAUUCCAUGUAUCAGCCUGACGACGCCAAUCUGGGACCCGCUUCCUAUUAUGUUACAGGAGCACAAACAUGGGGUGUUAGCAAUGUUGGGAGGUUCAUGGAUGCACCAAAUGGAAGCUACAUAAUCUCCAGCUCACGCCAGUUUCAGAAUACUCUAGAUUCAGAACUGUUCCAGACAGCAAGGAUGUCUCCAUCAUCGUUAAGAUACUAUGGCAUUGGACUGGAGAAUGGAAACUACACAGUUACACUUCAAUUUGCAGAAUUUGACUUCGAAGACAUGCAGACUUGGAAGAGUUUAGGUAAAAGGGUUUUUGAUAUCUAUGUCCAGGGUGAGCGCAAGGAGCGGAACUUUGACAUAAGGAAGGCAGCAGGCGGGAAAUCUUACACUGCUGUGAAGAAGCAGUAUAUAGUUCCUGUCACUAGAAACUUCCUUGAGAUUCAUCUCUUCUGGGCUGGCAAGGGCACUUGUUGCAUCCCUAGUCAAGGCUACUAUGGGCCUACAAUCUCAGCUUUGAGUGCAACUCCAAAUUUCACCCCUACGGUGCGUAAUGCUGCACAGAAGAAGAGUAGUAGUAAAACAGGUGUAAUUGUUGGAGUCGUGGUUGGAGCAGCAGUUUUAGGACUAGUAGCACUUGCUGGACUCUGCAUGUGGAGACAGAAACAGAGAAAAUUAUCAUUGGAGCAACAAGAGCUGUACAGUAUUGUUGGCAGACCUAAUGUAUUCAGUUACAGUGAGCUAAGGAGCGCUACUGAAAAUUUCAGUUCAAGUAACCUUCUCGGGGAAGGAGGAUAUGGGUCAGUUUACAAGGGUAAUUUAACCGAUGGAAGGGUGGUGGCUGUAAAACAGUUAUCUGAAACCUCUAAUCAGGGGAAAACGCAAUUUGCAACAGAAAUAGAAACUAUUUCUCGAGUACAACACCGUAAUCUCGUGAAGUUAUAUGGUUGCUGCCUUGAGGGCAAUAAACCACUGUUGGUCUAUGAGUACCUGGAGAAUGGAAGCCUUGAUAAAGCAUUAUUUGGAAGUGGGAGACUGAACCUAGACUGGUCAACACGCUUCGAGAUAUGCUUAGGCAUUGCAAGAGGUCUGGCUUAUCUCCAUGAAGAGUCUAGCAUCCGUGUUGUGCAUAGGGACAUAAAGGCUAGCAAUGUCUUACUUGACGCAAAUCUCAACCCUAAAAUCUCGGAUUUUGGGCUCGCCAAACUUUAUGAUGAUAAGAAGACACAUGUUAGCACAAAAGUUGCUGGUACAUUUGGAUAUCUCGCACCUGAGUAUGCCAUGAGAGGUCAUAUGACCGAGAAAGUCGAUGUGUUUGCUUUUGGCGUGGUUGUAUUGGAGACUUUAGCUGGAAGGUCAAACUUCGACAAUACGCUUGAAGAAGAUAAGAUUUAUAUUUUAGAAUGGGUUUGGCAACUGUACGAAGAAAAUCACCCUCUGGACAUGGUAGACCCCAAGCUUGCCAAUUUUAACAGCAACGAGGUGCUCCGUGCCAUCCACGUGGCCCUCCUCUGCACCCAGGGGUCGCCCCACCAGAGGCCGUCCAUGUCCAGGGCCGUGUCGAUGCUGGCCGGAGACGUGGAGAUGGGCGAGGUUGUGAACAAGCCGAGCUACAUCACCGAGUGGCAAAUCAAGGGCGGCAACACCAGCAGCUUCAUGAGCAGCAACGUCAGCGGGCAGUCGAGCAUGGCCCCAAGAGCGGCCUCGUCGCACACCUCGUCGCCGUUCAUGAGCUCCGUCAUUGAAGAAGGCCGGUGAUUAGCAAGUUCUGUCAACGGCGGACAGUUUUCUGCAAAUGCACGUCACAAACGCUCUCAGGAUAUUCAGCUUUUGCACAUAUAUUGUGUUAGAUUAUGUGCUGCGUUCGACUGUUGCUUCGGCUUAGAUCCUUUUGUUUUUCGAGUAAAGUUUUAGUUUAUUUCGACGUUCGCAGUGCAGUUUGAUUUUUGUAUCCAUGAUCAAAUGAUGAUGCUGGUGGGUUUGGUCUAUUUGGAUGUGUAUAUAUCGUUUGCAAGAUCUAAAUCAUGUUAGCAAAAUUAUUACUACA